AUGACAACAACGACCACCAAGCCCUUCCGCUUCUUCGACCUCCCAGCAGAGCUGAGGAACAGCAUCUACGCUCUCGUCUCGCGAUCAGUCUGGAUCCGCCCACUCGACACGAGGGCCUUCUUUGAUGUCUCCAUGAUGGGACGUCAUGAUAGUUGUACCGUGCGCAACCUCCAACUAGUCAGCAAGCAGUUCAGAGACGAGUACGAAGGCGAAGUCGGUAAAGAUGGCACAUUGGAACUUUUCGUGGACCAGCACGGGUGCACACGUCGUCCCUUUCAGAGCACCAUAAAGCAGCAUCUCGAGACAAGCCUCGCCAAGGCGCCAGUACUAUGA